AACUAUAAAAGCGGAAAAUAGAAGCCGGUGUUUUAUUACGAGAGACAGCGAGCCGGAAGGAAAAGAAGGAAGGAGAAGGAAAGGGGAGGGAUCACCUGUAAUUCUCUAACGCUCUCGUUCUUCAUACUUUAGCGGCCACCGGAUCUCCCAUUAAUCAUGACAACAUCAAGGCGACUUGCAGACAGGAAGGUGGAGAGGUUUGAGAAGAACAUUAUGAAGAGAGGAGCUGUGCCCGAAACAACCACGAAAAAAGGAAAGGACUAUCCUGUCGGUCCUGUUCUGCUUGGCUUCUUCAUCUUUGUUGUCAUUGGUUCAUCUCUCUUUCAGAUAAUUAGAACAGCAACAAGUGGAGGCAUGGCUUAAACAUACCCUGGCUUUGAGAGAUGGCAGCAAAUGUGUUCCUGUUAUGUCUUUUUUAUUCUUUUUGUUAGCUGUCUAGAAAAUGGAUGUGAUAUCAAAUAUCAAUUAGGGUUCGCUCAUGUCAUGAUGAAGUCAAGAACUUUUAAUAAAUGAUAAUCUAUCCUAUGCUUGUACUA